CGCCGCGGGGGGUGGGGGGCUGCCGGGGUCCGAAUUCGCGACCGCAGUGUGUUGGCUUGUGGCGUAGGGAGGAUCUUGCAUGUUUUUUUCUUCAUCUUUGCCAUGAAGCGGGUCUGCUUGCACAAUGAGGGGGUGCUUGGCGAGGAGGCUGGAACCAUGUCAGCAGCUUGGUCUGCCUCCAUAGUUGGUCUCUGCUUUGGUCGCCGGGAGUAUGUCUUGGGAAAGCUUGGCACCAACGGUGAUGGCCGGGCGCCAUAGGUAGUGCCUAUGCUCUCUUUAUGCAUCACCACCUCGAUAGAGUGUCUGGGAUCCUCCUCAGCGACCCCCGCCGGACACGCUACGGGCGCCACGGUGGUCACGAGGACCGGAGGGGUGCCCACCGGAGACAGGAUAAAUCUAUAUCAGGAUUUAUAUCCUAUGCUCUCUGUGCAGCUGAUGAGGCUUUGAGAGAUGCAAAUUGGUUGCCUUCAGAAGAUGAGAAGAAAGAAAGAACGGGAGUCUCUAUUGGUGGAGGGAUUGGAAGCAUCUCAGACAUUUUAGAUGCAUCACAAAUGAUCAUUGAAAAUCGUUUGCGUCGCCUCAGCCCAUACUUCAUACCAAAGAUUUUGAUCAACAUGGCAUCAGGCCACGUCAGCAUGAGAUAUGGUUUCCAGGGUCCAAACCAUGCUGCUGUGACAGCUUGUGCGACCGGUGCUCACUCUAUUGGUGAUGCUACACGGAUGAUUCAAUUUGGAGAUGCUGAUGUGAUGGUGGCUGGUGGAACAGAGUCCAGUAUCGAUGCUUUGUCUAUAGCUGGAUUUUCUAGGUUAAGGGCAUUGUCUACAAAAUAUAACUCAUCUCCAUGUUCAGCUUCGAGGCCAUUUGAUUGUGGUAGAGAUGGAUUUGUGAUUGGUGAAGGCUGUGGCAUCAUGGUUUUGGAGGCUCUUGAUCAUGCAAUGGAACGGGGUGCAAAAAUCUAUGCUGAAAUUCGAGGAUAUGGAAUGUCUGGUGAUGCACACCACAUAACUCAGCCACAACAUGAUGGUAGAGGUGCUAUCUUAGCCAUGAAGCGGGCUUUAGAUCAGUCAGGUCUUAGUGCAAAUGAAAUUGAUUAUGUAAAUGCGCAUGCUACAUCAACUCCUCUUGGCGACGCUGUGGAGGCGAAUGCAAUCAAAACCAUAUUUGGUGAUCAUGCAGCAUCCGGUGGUCUUGCAUUAUCCUCGACGAAGGGAGCAAUCGGUCAUCUGCUAGGGGCUGCUGGGUCAGUGGAAGGGAUCUUCACCGUGCUAGCGAUCCACCAUGGAGUCGUCCCGCCUACGCUCAACCUGGAGCAGCCGGACCCGCUGUUCGAAGGCGCGUUCACGCCAUUAUCUGCAGCAAGGAAGAUGCCGAUACGAGCAGCCAUCUCCAACUCCUUCGGGUUCGGUGGAACCAACACCUCGCUGCUCUUCUCGUCCCUGCCCUAGCCGGAACGGCACUUCCCGCCUGCUUUUUUCCACCCGGAAGAGCUGCACCGGAAUAUUAAGAGAUUCUUCCGAGGAAACACCGGAAGGCACCAUUCGCGUUGAGCUGAAGCUGGUUUUUCUGGCCGGCCCUUCUGUUCAUUCCGUUCACCAACCCACCCCUCUCUCCCUUGUGCUCACUUUGUGCUACGGAGUACCGAAGCUACGGUGACUGUUGAGACCUGAGGCAUCUGCGGUUGCGUGUCUCCCUUGUGCUCACGCGUGGUGUCGUCUGUACCACACGAUGGAUCAUACCGUUUAGGGUUACAUGUCUGGAGCUGUUGCAAGUUGCUGCAUUCUAGUGAUAUUUUAGAGAAAAAUACGGUCGAAAUCAAAGUGGUAACUACCAUGCCGUGCA